CGAGCACACUGAGAGAAAACCAGAGAGCAGAGAGAUGUUUCUGUCAGCCCGGCCUCUGCCCCCAACGGACAUGAUAGAAGAGCAAACAGAGCGAACGGCACAUGCAGAGGAGGCCGAAGAGGAACGUCUCCAGGAUCAGCAACAUGAGACACACAAGCGCACUCCUUCCUCCGAGGGCCUCGGCUCCGGGUCUGUCUCCUCCUUCACCUCGGCCUCUUCCUUGCCCCGGUCGAGACACAGUCGCCCUCACGUGUAUGAAAGCACCUCGACUCUGCGGAGGAUCUCCUCUCUGCUCGCCGACAGCGAGAACCAAAGCACCGGAGACGGCGACGAAGAGAGCAGCCCCCCGUCGUUGUCUGUGGAUGUCUCGCCGGGGCGCCCUGAGCCGAUGCUGACACCAGAUGGUGCCACAGACCUCAUUCCCCUCAGCAAUUUGAACAGGGCCUUUACGGUAGAGCUGGGGCUGUCGGCAGAAGAGGGAGAAGAUGUUUUCUCAAGUGAGGACUUCAUCGGCAUUGACGCAGUUUCCACACCCUUUCCUCUAGAUAUGAGGAUCAAUUCCCUCCGUCAGCUGUGCAGUGCUGGGCUCAUCCCUCCCCUCCCUCAGCCACAGGCGGAGGGUCUCGGUGUCCUCUCGCCUGACUUUGGUGUCAUUGACCUGUGGAGCACUGUGCUGCCACAAGAGGAGCAGUCAGGCUGCAUCCCUCCUCGGGUUUUUAGUUUCAGUGAAGCAACUGAAUCUGACUGUUUUGUGGAUGAGACACUUGAGCAGAAAGCAUGUGAGCACCAGCAAGAGGAAGCGGUGGGACGCUUCCCUCGAGGUGUCUCCUGUUCCCUGCUGACGGGCCUCCACCACGGCCCCCUGUCCGAGGAGCCUGUAGCCAGUGGCAAGCAGGACAGCAGCUCCGCCCUCAGCCCUGUGCGCAGCUUGAUUUCGAAUAGCUCUGCUCCUUCUGAAACCACCGACGAGAGCCCCCACAAAGCCCGACUAAAGACGGAUGAGACCUUUGUCCAGAGCGCCACUGCCAGGCUGGAUCAUUGCAAAGUGGGCUGCUGGUGGAAACAGGACACUGAGACCUGCGGAGCCUCCAGUGGCCUCUUAUCUGCUGCAGAACCAGCAGCCGCUUUCACAUCAGAUAAUCCUCUCGUUUUACGUCGGCCACAUUCAUACAGUCUGCUCACCUUUAUGGACAAAAGAGAUGGCAAACAGGCGGACAAAGAGGAGCCUGCAGGUUGGAGUUCUGGGACGGCGUCACAAGGCGCCAUACGAAAUGGAAGAAUGCGAUCGAGGAAAGGGAAACGAGUGAAGAGGGCAUGAAGUGUCUGAGGACAGACUGAACUGAAAGAGAAAUAUAUUUUUCUCCCAUCAUGUCAAGUCCUUAAAUUCUUCUGCUUCUGAAUCUUUGAUUAAUUGACAUAAGUAAUACUGUAGGGGAUGAAGUCAUCACAAAAUGAACUAAGGGAUUAUACUACGGGUUUGAUGAUCACCGCUAAGGACUUUCCCCUCUGGUGUGGUCCAUCUCUUCUUCCUCCUCAGUCACCGGGUCAGAUUGUUCUGACGGCUCCCAGGGACAUUGUCCUGCCACGCCCUUUUUCAUCCACUGUAACACCACGUGUGUCGAAAACACCCACUCCUUAAUAAAUCUCUCAGGAAUUAUUAAUGACACCUAAAUUAUUGAAUAUUUUGCCAAUUAAAGAUAGAAAAAAAAAUAGAUACUUCCGGGUGACUUUAUCUGAUUUCACAACGGUUUGGUCAACGUUACAAAGUAUGUCAGUCCAUUUGGAGCGUAAAAAGAACUGACUGGUCUCCUUGGAAAUUAUUCUGCACUUUAAAUUCUUCACUGGUUUCCUGCUCUUGAAAAAGGGAUGUUUGCUUUGCUGCCAUUGCAUCUCAUGAAAAUUAGAUGACCUCCCAGUGCUUUCUGCCGCCCAUCGCUCCACAUAUUUGCUCAGAGCUAAGGGACUGCAUUUGAGUUAGCAUACUCCUCCCUCCCUCCCUCCCUUCCUCCCUCCAUCCCUUCCUUCCUUCCUCCCUCCAUCCCUCCAUGUCUUGUUCUGGGGGUGAAUAA